AAAAAACCCACUUAAAAACAAAAUGCGGUUGUAUGUGUAGCGUAUUAUUCUGUAGCGGCAGCCUAGAUUUUUGUCCCUGUACUUCCGAGUUCUGACCUCCUCCUCUUUCACCAGUACUGGUCCUACUGGAGACUCGUUUUCUGUUUUGAAAUAAGCAAACAAGAAAUCUUGCAACAGAGGAAAAGAAGAAAGAAAGAAAGAAAAGAGAAAUAAAUUGUUCUAGAAGAUUCUCAAUAGAGAAACCCUAACAUUGUGAUGCAAUGAAAAUGGCGAUGCUGAUGAUGAUGUUGAGAAAGAGAGUAAUUCCUUCAACUCCGUUUUCUUUGAGAUGUUGUUUCUCUUCUUCUUCUUCUACUAGUUUACCAUCUAGAGCUGAUUUUGUUGGAAAAGGAGGGGUUUCUAAAGAUGAUUGCGUUGCUCCUGUUGCUGCUGUUUCUGAUGGAGCUUUAGUAGAUGAAGCAGUUUCAGAAUUGCAAGCUGGUUUUCUUCAACCUCGUGUUGUUGUCUACGAUGGUGGUUGCCGUUUCUGUCACAAUGGGAUAAAGAGGUUGAUCAAGAUUGACAAGUUUAGGCAGAUCAAAUUCUGUUGCCUUCAGUCUCAGGUAGCUGAACAGUACAUGGACUACUGUGGUGUUGAUCGAGAAAGUGUUCUUCGUCGGUUCUUGUUUGUUGAAGGCCCAAAUACGUUCUCCCAAGGUUCCACAGCUGCAUUGCGGGUUGCGUCUUAUUUACCAUUGCCGUACUCAGCAUUGAAAGCUCUGAUGAUUAUUCCAGCUCCAGUGAGAGAUGCAGUGUAUGAUUAUGUUGCCAAACACCGCUAUGAUUGGUUCGGGAAAGAAGAAGAUUGCGAAGCUUUGCAGGAUCCAGAAAUACUUCAGCGUUUUGUUGACAGAAAAGAAAUUUGGGAUCGGUGUUGGGAGAAGUACCGCGAAGAUCAGUCAGAGUAGGCAUUCUGUCAGUGUUGUGUAGUUAAAGGGCUAAAGAGGUGUUGGGUCAUAUUUGGAGGCAGCUGAUUUUGUGUUUUGACUAGGUCAGAGUAACACAUUUUACAGGUGGUAGUACUGAUCAUUUCAGUCUUUCUGAGGGAUGAAAAAAAUAGUAAAGAUGCUUCAUACGUAAUACUCGUUUUAACAGAUAAAAUUUGUUACUAAAACCUUACUAUAUUUUACACUGAAAUAAAUCGAAGAGUUGGAACAA